ACAUCAACUAUUUUAUGUGAGUUCAAAAAGACAACAUAAACAGAAAAUUAAUCAGUGGUAAUUCAGAGCAGAAAACGGUGCGUAGCAAUGAAGUUAUCGGAUUUCAGUGAACGUCGACUUGAAGUCUUCGCUCUGUAUGAUAAGAAAGAAAGUGAUGUGCUAGAGGACAUUAGGAUCCUUAGAGAAUGGAUGUCGAAGCUUCCACAUUUACCGAAUGAUAUGAUUCAAGAUGAAUUCUUAGAAUUAUGCCUCCUCAAAAACAAGUUCUCCAUCGAAAAAAGUAAAUCGAAAAUAGAAAUGUAUUGUACAUUGAAGGGAAAUCCACAUUACGAUUAUGUUUACGAUAGGAUACCGGUACCCAGCAAAGAACCAUCGUCUCAUAUACCUAUUCCAAUGCUGACAGACGAAUAUAAAAGGUUGGUAUUUUUCACUGUAAAUGAUGUGGACGCCUACGAAAUGGAUACAGAUCUCAAUUUCAAUGCAGUAAUUAGGGAGUUCCUCUUGAGGUAUGACUACAAUGAUGGCGAAAUCGAAAUACUAGAUUUGCGGAAUUGUCCUAGCAGUAUUAUUCGAAAAUUUCGUGUGAAUAUUUACGCCGAUUCUAUCCAGCUUAUACUGAAAUGUUAUUCUGCUAGAAUUUCUGCCAUCCAUGUGAUAAGUAAAAUCGGGAGAACACUUUUCGCAGUCUUCAUGCACUUAUUACCAAAAAAACUAGUAUCUAGGCUCCAUUUCCAUGAUGAUGAGGAGUCACUGAGGAGGGUCGUUCCAGCGAAAUAUUUGCCUAGUGAUCUUGGUGGAGAUCUCAAAUCACUCCAAGAAAUAAGAGCUGAUUGGGAUGAAAUUUUCGUUGACAACAGAAAACUGAUUAGAAGCUUCGUAGACACAAAAUCCAGAGAAGAAUUGAGGCAGGGUGGCGACUCGGUAAAUGAAGAACUCAAAGGAACAUUCAGAAAGUUGAACCUCGAUUGAAGUACUCAAAGAAUUGAUUCGGGUUAGAGUUGUAGGAAAUGUUGUUUAAUCACAUGAUUAUCAUAAAUAUACUUGAAUGGAGGUGAAUGAAAAGAACAGCAGAUGAAUAAAAAAAAUAUGAAUAUAA